GUCGGUCGCUGUGGUCGUUGUAGUGCUGGAGAGCAGCAGCAGUGGCGGGUAGGGAGACCGCGCUCGAUCAAGCUCCUGUCCUCGAUAGAUCGACAUGAGAAGCGGACUCUGACGCUCCGCCAGUUUUACGCAAAUAAAGGACUGAUGCAUAUUUAGUGGUUGAGAAUUAGAUGAGUUAAGAGGCUUAAUCACUGGUUUUCUCUCUGGCUAGGUGGCUAACUGCCUCAUCUUAUGGAAAGACCAUUUGAGUUUUUUUGAUCCGUGAAUUUGAGCUGCUGUGCGUCUGGGAUACAAUGUUUCUCGUGUUUCUUCUGUCGGAGCGUCUAACGCGCUACAAAGUAACAUCAAAGCAAGCCAUCCGCUCCAGUAUGAAGAAUGAGACAAAGUGAACCAUCCAAAAGAAACACUCCUGCAAGACUGAGUACAGAAACUCUCUGAGGCAGGCUUCUAUGCUCAUCGGGACCAUGUGCACCAGAGCAAUUUCUGUGAGAAUGUCUUAGCCCAACAAGUGAUCACAAAGGGGGGACUCAGUUAGUUUCACCCCCUCCAGGAACUCCGGGUGAUGAGUCGGCAGCAGAGAUGGAGACCCAUUGAGUCUUAUCCCUGACAUCGACUGCCCUAUUCCCCUUCGCCCUUUAACCCUUCCCUGCCUGGCAAGUGGACGAACAUGCUGCGCUUCGUCCCUCUCAAGCUCGGCCGUUUGUACCGGUGUUUGAAGCUUCUCUUCGUCGUGGGUCUCUUCGUCAUUUUGCUGAUGAACACGCAUAACCUCUUCGCAUCUUUCCAAAAGAACGAACUCACCGACAGGCGGUUCAUACACCUCAACAAGUGCCCGGCCUGCUUCGGCACCAGCUGGUGUCGUAAAUUCAUGAACGGACAAAUAUCCCUUGAGACGUGGGGACGUCUUCGUUUUCUUGAUGUCUUUAAUGUUAAAAAUGUGUUCUUUGCCCAGUACGGGGAGCCCCGGGAGGGCACGCGGAGGAUUGUGCUCAAGCGUUUGGGUUCGAAUCAAGAGCUUGCCGAUAUCGACCAGAAGAUUUGCAAGCGGGCGACGGGUCGACCUCGUUGCGAUCUCAUCCAGGCCAUGUACAAGACUGAGUUUGCCAGACUCAACGGGGACGUCAGACUCUUGACCCCGGAUGUUGUCGAAGGAUGGUCCGACCUUGUUCAUUGUCCUUCCCAAAGAUUGCUGGACAGAAUAGUCAGGAGAUAUGCAGAGACAAAGGACUCUGGAAGCUUCCUGUUGAAGAACCUUAAAGAUACAGAAAGGAUGCAGCUGUUGAUGACAUUGGCUUUCAAUCCAGAACCCCUAGUGCUUCAGAGUUUCCCGUCCGAUGAAGGCUGGCCUUUCGCAAAGUACCUGGGCGCUUGCGGGCGGAUGGUGGCGGUGAACUAUGUUGGUGAGGAGCUUUGGAGUUUCUUCAACGCACCGUGGGAGAAGAGAGUAGAUCUGGCCAAGCAACUGAUGGAUAUUGCCGAACAGCUCACUAACAAUGACUUCGACUUUGCUCUCUACCUGCUCGACGUCAGCUUCGAUAACUUUGCCGUGGGCCCGCGGGACGGGAAGGUCAUCGUUGUGGAUGCAGAGAACGUGGUGGUGGCCGACAAGAGGCUUAUUAAACAGAAUAAGCCGGAAAACUAUGACGUCUGGUACGAGAGCAAGUUCGAGGAGUGUGACAAGGAAGCCUGUCUUUCCUUCUCUAAAGACAUGUUGUGUUCACGGGUGACGGUGGACCAUAACUAUUAUGCCAUCUGCCAGAACCUGCUCUCACGAUACGCUACGUGGCGGGGCAGCUCCGGCGGACUCCUCCAUGACCCCCCGCCGGACAUUGCCAAAGACGGCCAGCUCGAAACUUUGUUGGAAGAGUGCGCCAACCCCAAAAAGCGGUAUGGCCGCUUCCAGGCAGCUAGAGAACUGCGUGAAUAUCUAACCCAGCUUAGCGGUAGCGCUAGGUAAUGACUGUCCAUGACUGUCAGCGCUGAACGUCCGCCCAUCAAUGUCUGAUGACAUCUUCAGGGUUCGGGGAUUCCUGAUGGACUUUGAGAUGGUGUCUUGAAGGUCUUACAUCACAAAGCUUAAUUGUUUUAGACUAAUCGUCCAUUACUACCAUCAGUCAUGUGUACAUUUCGUUUCACUUACAUGAAUUGUUAAAUUAUUGAAGAGUCUUGGGUUCAUUGUUUUUAUUCCGUGGUUUAUUUUGCAAUAAAGGCAGCAGUUAUGCUGUUAUUGUUAACAUCCUGUUUUCUGCUGGAUGUCAACUGACAAGAGCGUGUUUUCUGCCUAAUUGACUCACUUACAUUCCAGUAAAAAUGAGUUUGGGGUAAUUUUGGAAAUCUGUACAUAAUUGGAGCAGAUUGGAGAGGAAAUGAGUUGGAAUUGCUUUGCAUAUACCAAAGAGCUUUUAUGUAACUCAAACCUCUGAACUAAAGGGACAGAGCUGUUCCGUACAACUGAGCCUGUUCAACCCAACAGAAUUCCUCUUGAGCGUCAACGCGAAAGCAUCGAUGCUCAUGGUGAAGGUUUGUGUUUGUAUUAAUCGAGGGAAAUCCACGGAGGUCCACAAUAGAUCAAAAUGAUGCAUCAUUUUUAAAUGACAGCUGGGCCCAGGUGUCUAAUUGGCCAUUAACUAUAAAUAAUGUAUCAAACUUGGAAAGGUGCAUCCACACAGACCAAAAUCAAACUUUCCGUCUUUAAAAUCCAUCGUAACGUUUCAAUUUCACAGCUCUGCAAUUGAAUUAAUGGAAAUUGAAUUAAAUGUCUCUAACACUUAAGAUCGUUUAACUUCGAGUCAUAAGCCUGCAGGUUUUUUUUCUUCCCUGGUUUGAUUUUGCACUUGGUGGACCAAUGAAUUAGAUCAGUAUGCUAAUGAGAGCUCGUAAGAUAAUGAAUUAUCCGAGCGCUUGACUGACAGCAUCACUCCAUUGAGCCUGGAGUUUGAAAGCCAGCUAAUCGCUUUCAACUUGAUGUUCUUGCCAGAGCGAGUUAAUAGAAUGAAUUAAGAUUUGAAUCUUUUUUUUCAAUGUUUGGCCGGUCCGGCCCUGAAUGGUUAAAGCAAUAAGUGUAUAUCAGCUGAAGAUCCCCCGCUCCUGUUCAUCUCCACCGGUGAACGGAUACAUGGCCUCUCUUUGGGCACGUGAGAAAUUCUUAGGGUGCAUUAAUAACUGUCUGCUUUUGUACUGUAAUUAUAUUUCAGUUGAGUAUUAUAUCAGCUGUGUCUGAUUUUACUGUGCCUUUCAUUCAGAAGUUGUAUUUACAACUUUUUAGUCGGUUUAAAUA